AUGGCGCUUGUACGUUGUGUUAAUACAAAUUUUGGUUUUGUGUUAAAUACAUCUUAUUGUAAAUGUAUAAAAUAUAUAAAAAGGCUUAUAAUGAAUAACAGUUGUAAAACAGAAGAUAUCAGUUACAAUAUAUCUGUAAAAUCAUUCAAACAAAUGAUUAGCCUUAGAGAACUAGAAGCAAAGAAGAGUAUUUUAGUAAAUGUAGGUAAUAGAAAGCAUUGUGAUCAAUUUAUAAAUUUAUGUAGCAAGUAUGUGAAGAUUAAUAAUGUAUAUCGUUAUUCUACCAGAAAAAAUGAAAAGUAUAUGUUAUUGGAAUUAAACUCAUUAACGGAGGUGCAGCAAAUUAAAUCUAUGUGUAUAAAUGAUAUCACCCAAAAUGAUAUUUAUGUUAAAUCAAAUGUAUUAUCAUAUAAAGAUAAAAAUACUUCAUAUAUUACGAAACAAGGACUAAAUACCAUUUACAAAAUAUUGGAACCAGAAGAUUUAAAAAAUAUAUUAGAAAAACAGAAAUCUGUAUCAAUGCAAAUGGUUACUCUUUAUAAUACAUUGAAAAUUACAGAUUUAGACAUAAGGCUAAGAUUUUUUAUUGCACAUCAGACUGCAGUCUACUUAAAGAAAUUGUUUACCAAUAUCUGUAUAAUGCCAUUUGGAUCAUCUGUUAAUGGUUUUGGUCAAAUAGGAUGUGAUCUUGAUUUAUUAUGUACAACUCAGGAAAAUUACAUUACACCUAGUCAAAACAAAUUCCAUUUUAUGGCAGUAUCUGUUAAUACUAAAAAUCUAAUCAGGCAAAAACAAUUCUUAGAAACAGUAGGUACAGUAAUGAAUAUGUGUAUUCCCGAAAUUGGAAAUGUAAGAAAAAUUCUCCGAGCUCGAGUUCCUAUAAUUAAAUUUUCUUACUUAGCUACUGAUACAGAAUGUGACCUCUGUAACUCAAACACGUCUGCAUUAGAAAUGUCGAAAGCAUUAUAUACAUAUGGACUGAUGGACUGGCGCAUUAAGCCACUUGUUUGCACUAUACGUACAUGGGCAAGAAAGAUGCUCAUAACAAAGGAAAUUCCAGGUUCAUGGAUAACAAAUUAUUCUCUUACUAUGUUAGUUUUAUUUUAUUUACAAGUGGAAAAAAUAUUACCUUCUUUAAAUAUUAUAGAGUUUAACACAGAAAAUAUUACUCCAAAAUUCCAACUACAAUGUACACAUAACCAGUUGUCGGUUAAUAAGACAAUGCAUAACAAUGAGGAAUCUUUGUAUAAACUAUUGCAUGGUUUUUUUCAAUACUACAAUUCAUUCAAUUUUGACAAACAUGCAAUUUGCAUACGAGAAGCAAAAAUUAAGACAAAAUCAAAUGUAUCACCUAUGUAUAUUUAUAAUCCAUACAAUUAUGAUUUAAAUAUCAGUCAAAACAUUAAUGAGAGUGAAUUAAAAUAUAUGAAAGAUCACAUUCAGAAAGCCUUAAAAUUAUUAAAUACAGAGGAUUGCACUAUUUUGAAUCUAUUAGGGUUAUCGAAAACGAAAACAACAUCUACAUGUACAUUAAUUCCCCACAAUCAUAAUGUGAAGAGUGAUAAAAAUUAUAGCAAUAAUGAAAAACAAAGUAAUAACAAAUCGAUUGCAAAUGAAAUCGACAUUGUCACUGUGAGAACAAAAGAAAAAAUGUGAACAGAUAAUUGUAAAUAUAAUGUCAUCAUAAGUUAAUUGAUACGCAAUUUUAUAUAUUUCAUCUUAUUUGUAAGAAUA